UUUCACUCGAGCAUGUCCGAGGCACUGCCUGUGCUGUUGAUCAAUUAAGUACGAGUGUGGUACCUGCACGUCUCGGCCGCAAAUCAUGGUGUCCGACGAAAAAUCUGCCAAUUACAUUUUGCCCGGAAUCAUCCAUAGUUGCGCUUCGACCAGGAUUCCAAGAUUCCGACCAGCUCCAGCUACAGUCGUACAAUUCAUAUGAGCAUUUUUACGUACGAUCUUAGCUGUCUCGUUGGGUGUCUGUGACUUGCGCUUUUAUGAGGCAUGUCCUCACUGCCGGCCAAUAGCUCGCCGCGGUCUACGCAACCGCCCCAGUCCGCGCAGCCAUACCAAUCACUGUUCGAGGGACCCAGCAGCCAGGAUAUCCCGGACUCUUCUUAUUAUGAAUCCGCGAUACAGACGCGGCAGGGGCACAGCGCCUCUGACCAGGAUGCCCUGGACGCAAUCAUGGAAGAGGUGCCACUGAUCGACAACGACCUUUCUGACGACGCGACGUACACGGCCAGUGAUGAUGACGAUGAUGGCGGCCUGGGCUCUGACGACGACACCGACACCGAGCAAAUACUCGACGACAUGUCGAAUCCGCAUGCGACGGCAGCGGCCCCCGCCCGUCCGGAACGUGCGCUGUCAUCGUCGCCCGAGUACCGACCUAACAGGUUCCGCGGCCCAGACUCCACCUGGCGGAAUAUCACCGCGGAGGACCGCCAGAAUGCACAGGCUUUAGAGGAGAUGCGUGCGCGGGACUUGUCGGCCCAUCUGUAUAACGCUUUUGCGUUGCGGCUUCGGGCCCGUGACAUUGCGAGGCAGGCCGCGCGGAGUAAAACGCCGCUGAGUGAGUCGGAUGCGUUUGUUCCUCCUAGGCGGUGGGCCGCCUGGCCGGUGCCCUCUAGCGAGGUACCUAGGGUGAAUGAGCGUUUUCGAAUUGAAGAGGAUGCAGCGUGGACGUUGCGAAUGCAGCCGGAUGCUCGGCCUAGCGCUGACUUGGAGGAGUCAGUCAUGGCGGUUAUGUUGAAGACAGCGAAGGAAAGAUUCGAGGCGAGACCGUGGCGGUUGAGAGGGAGGUCCCUGGUUCGGAAGAGAGGGGGCAUGGCCUCGUCACAGGCGGAAACGCAGGAUGAGAGUAUGGGCGUGAUGGAGGAGGAAAGCGACCCGGAGCUGAUAGACGGCGUUCCUCUACGACCAGCUGUCCAAGCAGACGACGACCACUCACGACAACAGCUCCGCCCGAUCACCAGGAACAUUCUCACUCAACUAGACCAUCUCCUCAUGGGUUUACACCAUGCUCGACAAAGCGGACUCACCGCCGACGACAGCGCCAGCGAGCCGCCGACCGACGCGGAGAGUAUAGCCUCCGGGACCUCAUCGCCCAAAAAACGCACAGCCAUCUCCGCGGAACGGAGCCAGUCACGAGGCAGGAAGCGCACGCGACGGGCGUCUAGGGGAGGCGCAUCAACCGGUACUCGUUCCCGAAGUGUACAUACAUCUCAAGCGCACUCAGCCCGCGCCUCGAAGUCGCGAGACUCGACCAGAUCUCGGGGACGGUCCCGCGGAAGCGAAAGAGGACGGUCUCGAAGCCGCGUUCGUCUCGGCGUCCGAGACUGGAGUGAGGUGUUGGGCGUGGCGUCCAUGCUUGGACUACCCUCCGCCGCGGUAAUGCGAACUGCGCAGCGCUGCACAGCGCUUUUCGGAGAGGAUAUGACGUUCCAGACUUUCAAAGAGGGCAAGCUACAAGAGGUAAAACAAGAAGGAGAAGAAAUCUCUCACUGGGGCUAUAUCGGAAGCGAGUCAGAAGAGGAAACUAAGCCCUCACCCCCGGCGUCACCACCGCCUCUAUCCAGCCGGCCUCACUCCCGGGCUAUCUCGACGAAGGGACAAUCACAAUCGCGUGCGAACAGCUCCGCUGCGCCAGAUACGGACGACGACGGGUUCAGACCGAAGGGCAAAGGCCGGCACCGCAAGCAAGACUUGCUAUGUCCGAUCAAGACCUGCAAGCGAAGCACUGAUGGGUUCUCGCGGCGGUGGAACCUUAACCUGCAUGUCCAGAGAAUGCAUCCGGGGGUGACUUUGACUCCGAGGGGUUCGGGGGCCAAUUCACCGGUAGAUUUUUCCAAGGAGGAGACUGAGCUUGGCUAGGCCUGUCC